AUGCAUUGUGCUCCUCUUUACGCUCGCGGUGUCGACGACGAAAUCGAAGCGGCUCUUCAGAAAGUCGAGAAGGCUUUGACGGAGAGUAGUUGGGCUAUAGAGUUGCAACGAAUGUGGAGAUUAAGGCUCGAUUUGUGGAGGAAGCUCCUAAGCUGCCCAAAUUGGCUCAGAAAAAAGAUGCUUGAUUAG